GGUUUAGCUUAUGAUGCAUCCAUGUUGAAUCACAUCUGCAAGUGCCAAAACAAUUCAAUUCAUCCUGAAAAUCCAGAUCGCUUGAAAAUUAUAUGGACGAAGUUUAACGAUGAAAAUCUCAUCAACAAGUGUCAGUUGGUCAAAUCUCGCCGUGCAAUGAGGGAAGAACUACAGACGUGCCACAGCAAAGCUUAUGUGGAUAUGUAUGCAUCUAGUCAGCAUGCAAGAGAACCACUAUUAUAUGAAACGUUUGAGCAGAGGUUUUGUCGUCUGCCUUGUGGAGGUGUUGGCGUCGACAAUGAUACAAUAUGGAAUGAUCAACACACCGUCAAUGCAGCUAGGAUUGCUGCUGGCUGCGUGAUUGAACUAUCGUACAAAGUGGCGAUCGGCGAGUUGAAAAAUGGAUUCGCACUGGUCAGACCUCCGGGUCAUCACGCCGAGGACACUCAAGCAAUGGGGUUUUGUUACUUCAAUUCGGUCGGUGUGGCAACCAAACUCCUCUUGGACAAGUUGAACAUGAAACGCAUCUUAAUAGUCGACUGGGAUGUUCAUCACGGAAACUCAACCCAACAAAUUUUUUACGCAGAUCCUCGAGUUCUUUAUAUUUCACUCCAUCGCUACGACAACGGAAACUUUUUUCCAGGUACAGGAGAUGCAAAUGAAUGCGGGAUUGAUAAAGGAUGUGGGUUCAACAUCAACAUUGGCUGGUUCGAAAUUCCCAUGUCUGACGCCGAGUAUCUUGCUGCUUUCCGUUGCAUAGUCAUGCCAAUAGCUCGUCAGUUCAACCCAGAACUCGUGAUGGUCUCUGCGGGAUUCGAUGCGGCCGCUGGUCACGCCACCCCACUUGGAGGAUACAGCUUAUCUCCGCAAUGUUUCGGUCACAUGACCCAGCAGUUGAUGAGCCUAGCCAAUGGGAAAGUUGUACUUGCUCUGGAAGGGGGCUACGAACUUCUUCCAUUGGCUGAAUCGUGUGUGUCCUGCUUGAAGGCCCUCGUCGGAAUGCCUUUGAAGCCUAUAAGUCCGGAAGAAUUGUGUCGGCCUCCAUGCCAGCAAGCCAUCAAAGUGCUUGACAUGACCAUCAACAUUCAAGGGGUGUAUUGGCCAUGUUUGGCAGAGUUCAAAGAAUCGAUUAGUAAGUCGCAGAUUGAAGCUGAGCAGGGAGGGAUUAAUUGA